AUGCCGCAAUUUAACCUGGUUGAGGAGCUUUCAGAGAGGAUAGCGGGUGGUUUGGGGGAUUCUUCUUCACAGUCAUGGGUGAAGUUGAGGGACCAAGUGUUUGAAGGAUACCUGAAGGAUUCGCCGAUGAGGAGCGUCUGUUGGAGGGUUUUCCUCGGCGUUCUACCCACAGACAGCGCGAGCUUCCUCUCUUGGGUUACCAUCAUGAAGGAGAGGCGGAAGCGAUACCAGGAGCUCAAGGAGGAAUUCCUCAUUGACCCCUACAAGGACGGGGGCCAGAAGGAUCCUCUCCAUGACAACCCUCUCGCUCAGGCGGAGGGGAGCGUGUGGAAGAAAUAUUUCGAGCUGCAGGAGCUGCAGAAGUCGAUCAUGAUUGAUAUCGAGAGGCUCAACGUGGAGGACGAGUUUCUGAAGCAAGAGGAGGCGCAGAAAGCCAUGCUCCGCGUCCUGACAGUCUGGUCGAACCUUCAUAGCGAGCUCUCAUACAGGCAAGGCAUGCACGAGCUCCUUGCCCCCAUAGUCGCCGUGCUUCAUCGAGACAUGUCGGCAUGCCGGGACAGCGUUGCUGGCAUGCAGCAGGAUUCAGAUGAGAGAUGCUCGGUUAUCAAGACGCUGAUGGACCCGGAGCACCUCGAGCACGAUGCUUUCAGUCUCUUUGAAGCUCUCAUGUUGAGCAGCAAAAGUUCCUUCGAACCUCCGCAGAAAGUACCUAAAGGACAAACGCCAAAGCCGAACAAGGCGGUCGCAAGAUGUGAAAGAGUUCAGAACGUUCUUUUGCGAGACAAGGACCACGAGCUCUUCCUUCAUCUUCAGUCGCUGCAGGUUGAGCCUCAACUUUACGCACUCAGAUGGAUCCGCCUCCUGCUGGGACGUGAGUUUCACCUCGAAGAUGUGCUAUACCUGUGGGACGCGAUGUUCGCAGAUCAGCUGAACAAGUCAAAGGGGCAAGACAUUGAACUGCUGGACUACAUCUGUCUCUCUAUGUUGACCUACGUCAGGUCGGACUUGCUGAUGAAGGACAACAUGGGCUGCUUACAGCGUCUGAUGCGGUAUCCUCCUGUCGAGGAUGUCAAGGUCUUCAUCUCAGCUGCUCGUAACUUGAGGGAGGCGGAGCAAGGGAAGAAGAACGCGAUCAGUCUCAUCAACGGAGUGAUCGUCGGAGCAGCUCCUGUUCCUCCUUCUGCCGCCGCCAUGGCUGCCAGCAAGGUGCAGGAAGGUGGAAGGCAGGAGCUGGCGCGGAAGAUGCAGGAGGCCAUGGCGGUGCUGCGUGGUUUGUCGUUCCCCGACGAACGAGCAGCCGAACUGUCAAGAGCUCUUGCUGAUCUCGCCGCUGUACAGCAGGCGCUUGCCGACCCGUCGCGUCCUCUUGAUGUGCCCUCAAAGCCUCUCCCUCCUCCUCUCUCCUCCCUCCCUCCUCCUCCUCCUUCAUCUCUCCCUCCUCCUGUCAAUGAUCCUCCUGCCCUCCUCCGUCUUCCUGAUCGCCCCGUCACGACCUCUGCACCCUCCAGCACGUUUGCUGCUUCUUCCUCCUAUGAAGCGUUCGAGAGGGAGCCCGUGCAGCAGCCAGAGCUUGCGCGAGAGAUGAAAAUGAAGGAGGAGCCUCUGGUUGCUGUGCAAAAUGAGGAGCAGAAGCAGCAGGAGCUCCUCAACAAGAAGAAGUUGGAGGAGACGAACGCGAGGAGGAAAGUUGCGCUCAGUAUGCUGUUGGAACCAACCUCGCCCGACGUCCGCUCGGGGGAGGACCUCGGCUCCGCCUUUGACAAGGGACGAGGAGGUGCAGGAGGAGGAGGACUGAGAGGCAAGUCAAAAGGAUUGUUCGACGAUGACGGUAAGGGAACUCAGGAGGCUGAGGAGGCUGAGAUAGGAAACUGA